AUGUUGGCUCGCUUACAUGAGCCAAAUGUAUUACAAGCACGAGUGGAGGCGGACGGCUUACAGAGAAGGAACGGUCAAUGGACAGUGCUGGACGAAAACCAUCUACCAGGAUUUCCACGCUUGCCUCUUGAUUAUUUAAGGGAUUUAACAUUCGGUACUUACCAACUAGAACUAGCGCCAACCUACGUACAGCACAAACUACAGAGGGGCCAUACAGAGAUAAUAGAAUUAGACCUUUCAGCCAAUGACCCGGGUUUGAUUACAUUGAUAAUAUUUUCCCGAUUUAGAAACGCCACAAAACAUCAGCUGUGGAUUGCCUUUAACCAAGACGUCCAGGACGAUGCAGGUCUGGUGCAAGGACUAUAAGCACAUGUGCCUACGUUGCAAGUGUUUUGUGGUAUUUGGGAUAUGCACGACACGAUCACAAUGUCAAGUACCCGUCUUCUAUCCUGCUAGACGUUGUUUUGGAUGCUGCUAA